AACUACACUCGAAUCUCAAAAAUGACCACCUACUUCAACUACCCCAGCAAGGAGCUGCAGGAUGAGCUGAGGGGCAUUGCCCAGAGGAUCGUGGCGCCCGGCAAGGGAAUCCUCGCCGCCGACGAGUCUGGCCCAACCAUGGGCAAGCGUCUGCAGGACAUCGGCGUGGAGAACACCGAGGAUAACCGCCGUGCGUACCGUCAGCUGUUGUUCACCACCGACCCCAAGCUGGCCGAGAACAUCUCCGGCGUGAUCCUGUUCCACGAGACCCUCUACCAGAAGGCCGACGAUGGCACCCCCUUCGCCGACAUCCUAAAGAAGAAGGGCAUCAUUCUGGGCAUCAAGGUCGACAAGGGUGUCGUGCCACUGUUCGGCUCCGAGGAUGAGGUCACCACCCAGGGUCUGGACGAUCUGGCCGCCCGUUGCGCCCAGUACAAGAAGGACGGCUGCGACUUCGCCAAGUGGCGUUGCGUCCUGAAGAUCGGCAAGAACACCCCAUCCUACCAGUCCAUCCUGGAGAACGCCAAUGUCCUGGCCCGCUACGCCUCCAUCUGCCAGUCGCAGCGCAUCGUCCCCAUUGUGGAGCCUGAGGUGCUGCCCGAUGGCGACCACGAUCUGGACCGCGCCCAGAAGGUCACCGAGACCGUCCUGGCCGCCGUCUACAAGGCCCUGAGCGACCACCACGUCUACCUGGAGGGCACUCUGCUGAAGCCCAACAUGGUCACCGCCGGUCAGUCGGCCAAGAAGAACACCCCCGAGGAGAUCGGCCUGGCCACCGUGCAGGCUCUGCGCCGCACCGUGCCCGCCGCCGUCACCGGCGUGACCUUCCUGUCUGGAGGUCAGUCCGAGGAGGAGGCCACCGUCAACCUGAGCGCCAUCAACAACGUUCCCCUGGGCCGCCCAUGGGCCCUGACCUUCUCCUACGGCCGCGCCCUACAGGCUUCCGUCCUGCGCGCCUGGGGCGGCAAGAAGGAGAACAUCGCCGCCGGCCAGAACGAGCUGCUCAAGCGCGCCAAGGCCAACGGUGAUGCCGCUCAGGGCAAGUACGUUGCCGGAAGCGCUGGAGCCGGAUCCGGAUCCCUGUUCGUUGCCAACCACGCCUACUAAGGCCUUUCGACGGACUUUGUCAACACGCAACUACAUAAAACUAACCACGAAGCAGAUUGCUGGAAACGUUUGGCAGAUUUGUUUAUUUUUAUCUUAGUUUCGAGAGCUAAGCAAAGCAAGCAUUAAAAAAAACAAAAAAAAAAAGAAGGAUUACAAUUUCAAAAAAUGUUAUAUAUAUAUGUAGUAUGACACAUUUCUGCAAAUUAAUUAUACGAUAAAAAAUAUGUUAGAAAAGAACUUUAUGAUGAGUACAGAAAAUGGAAGGAUUAUGUUCGAUGGAGAAGCAAUUUUAUCUUUAGUUUUAAGCCCAUGAACCUAUUAUUGUUGAAGUUAUACAAUUUAUAUUUUAUUAUUACUCUUAUUAUUAUGAAAGAUUUCAAUGUGAACAAGCUAAAUAUGUCGUAAAUCGUUAAGUUAAAGCACAUUUUAUAGUGGAUACAACAUCAACCGCUAUUAGCAACAUCAAAAUGUCAAAGUCUUUAAACAUUGAAAUCGCACAACGUUUUAUGAAAUUUUUUUAAUGUUUUAUAAAAAGGUCCUCUAUGAAAAUCGAUGUUUUACCAUUAUUAUUAUAAUUAAACUUUAUAUUUAUGAUUAAUAAGUAUAAGUGAAACAAAUGACGCAAAUAAACAAACACAAUACAAUAAAUCCCGAAAAAGCCCCAAAACAAUUCAAUUAACCAUAUAUACAUAUAUAUACACUGUUGAAAAACAAUAAGUUGUUAAAAAAAAAACUAAAAAAAAUAUAUUUUGCGUAGGACUUUCGUGUCCUUUGGCGCCAAGCUGUGCAGGGGCACAGUACUUGUUACUCGAUUUUCUCGAUUCCAUCUUUGACCUGCUAUCCGAUUGUGAUAGGUAACAAUGGCAGCAACGUGACUAUCACAGUACAUAUUUACUUACUGAAAUAUUGUACCAAUGAUUAACACACAUAUUUAACAAAGCAUGUUUUUAAUUAUAUGUUAUUCAAGUUGCAAAUUCUGCAUAUCGUUGUUAAUCAUAUAUUUGAUUGAAGUGCAAUGUGAAAACAUAAACAUAACAGACACAAACGAAGGAUAUAUAAUACAAACCGGAAGGAUUAAGUUUAAACUAGUUUAUUGUCAACUUAAUAUGAAAAGUCACCACCAGAAACAGCAACAACAACCAGCUGUUCAACCAAUAUACAAGAAAUAAAAACCAACAACAAAAACUAACAUCAGCUUAAAGUAAGGUGUUGAAAUACCACCUUCAAAUAAAAACCUCAAGAGCAAAACAA